CCAAACAGCACCACGCGGAGACGCGCGUCUGUGUCACGGUCACCUGGAUGGAUUGUUCCGUUUGAUUCCAGCUAUGGGAUGUUGAACCGGAGGCUCGCAGCCUGCCAUCUCCAUCCGCGUCUGUGCAGCAAAGCGGCUCGACGGUGAAAAGAAAAGUAUGCGAUAAACAAGUCGGGCUGUUCGAGUGGAGGAGGAAGGAAAAGUUGAAGAAAGCGGAUCGUGCACGCACGCACACAAACAGAACCUUGGCGCCCAACAAUUCUAGGUUACUGACUGCAGGUGACUGAAGCAGUGAGUGACAUCGAGGAGGCCCUGUACGAAGCCUCUCCAUCAACCAUCUCUCUGCUGUUUCUUCGACAUCCACCUCCAGCCUCUCUGAUACUCACCACUUCACCCAGCUUCAGUAUGGACCUAAAGGACCGAAGGCACCGCUCUUUGACUAGAAGUCGUUGUUCCAAAGACUCCCAGUACAACACGUCCUCCCUGGAUGCGGAUGAGUGUCGCGUGCCGACGCAGAAGUCGUACAGCUCCAGCGAGACGCUCAAGGCCUUCGAUCAUGAGCAGAGGCUUCAUUAUGGCGGCUGUGUGACCGACCUGGUCCACCAUGAGGCUGAGGAGUACUCCAGACAAGGCCUCCUGGAGUUCUCCCCAGUCCUCCUACGAUACCUUAUCUCAGGGGGUAACUUCACCCUGGCUGAGUUGGGAGUAUGCGAGCAAACUCCCCCUCCGCAUCCCGCUGCCAUUCCCUACUGUCCCGAUCUGGGCCUCCUCCAGAGAGGUUACUCCCUCAGCGCCGGCUCGGACGCCGAUUCAGACCCCGAGGGGCCCUUGUCUCCAGAGAGAGCCAUUCAGCUGUGGGCCGGACGCGCGGGGGUGAAGUCUCGCCGCAGCUCAGGAGUGUCCAGCCGCGAGAACUCAGCCCUCACCCUCACCGACUCCGAGAACGACAACAAAUCUGACGAUGAGUCAGUGUACCUAGAUGGUGCGGAGAUUGAGGAUCCGCUGGCAAACUACGUGAUCAGUCGCCCACUCCCUCCAACCUCCUCCUCUACCCUGCUCCCACCGACCCUUCCGUCCUCCUCGUCAGCCCCUCACCACCCCUCCCCCGGUCCAUCCCCACCCAUAAGGGAGUGCCAGGUGCCCCUGCUGGAGAAAAACUCCACCCACUCCCACCUGGAGCCCCACCGAGAUGACUCGUACCUGCUCCGAGCUCAGCCCUCCUCCACGGGGGCUGCAAACCACCACAGUCAGUCCACGUUGCAGCCUCCACUGCCCCCUCCACACAACCACCACAACCUGUCCCAUCAGUCGGCCAACAGCUUGAACAGAAACACCCUGAGAGGGGGACGUAACCCCAUUCACGCCCCAGCUCCGGGCACUGGAGAUGGGCCGACCACCCCUGAGUCGGUCCAGUUACAAGACAGCUGGGUGCUCAACAGCAACGUCCCGCUGGAGACGAGGCACUUCUUGUUCAAGACGUCAUCGGGGACCACCCCUCUCUUCAGUAGCUCCUCCCCCGGUUACCCCCUGACGUCAGGGACGGUCUACUCUCCGCCCCCUCGCCUGCUACCCAGAAACACCUUUUCUCGCUCAGCUUUUAAGCUCAAGAAGCCGUCCAAAUACUGCAGCUGGAAAUGUGCUGCAGUGACGGCCAUCGCAGCCGCUGCCCUGCUGGCCAUCCUUCUGUCCUACUUCAUUGCAAUCAACUUGCUGGGUCUGACAUGGCAGCUGAAGCCCUCCGACGGCCCUCUGCUGAACAACGGACUGGGAGCUGGUCUGCCUGUCAACAGCGAUGUGGCCACACUGCCCUCUGGAGGCAGAGGUCCCUGGGUGGGUCGGAACAGCAGCAUAGACACCGGUAACAUAGAGGUGGGGAGGCGGGUGACCCAGGACGUCCCUCCAGGAGUGUUUUGGAGAUCCCUGCUCUACCUCAGCCAGCCCCAGUUCCUCAAGUUCAACAUCUCCCUGGGCAAGGACGCCCUGUUUGGCGUGUACAUCCGUAAGGGCCUGCCUCCCUCACACGCACAGUAUGAUUACAUGGAGCGCCUCGAUGGGAAGGAGAAGUGGAGUGUGGUGGAGUCUCCGAGGGAAAGGAGGAGCAUCCAGACUGUGAUCCUCAACGAGGCGGUGUUUGUCCAGUACCUGGAUGCCGGCGCCUGGCACCUGGCCUUCUACAACGACGGCCGGGAGAGAGAGACGGUCUCCUUCAGCACAAACGUCAUGGACUCCGUGCAAGAGUGCCCGCGCAAUUGCCAUGGCAACGGAGAGUGCAACUCCGGCGUGUGCCACUGCUUCCCCGGAUUCCACGGCAUGGACUGCUCCAAAGCCGCCUGCCCAGUGCUGUGCAGCGGCAACGGUCAAUACGACAAGGGCUCCUGUGUGUGUUACAGCGGCUGGAAAGGACCCGAGUGUGACAUCCCGGCCACGCAGUGCAUAGACCCUCUUUGCAGCGGCCAUGGCACCUGCACCGAUGGAAGCUGCGUGUGUUCUAUCGGCUACAAGGGACAGAACUGUGCCGAGGUGGACUGUCUGGAUCCGACGUGUUCCAACAACGGCAUCUGUGUGAACGGGGAGUGCCACUGCAAGCCAGGCUGGGGAGGGCUCCACUGUGAACUUCCCAGGGCCCAGUGCCCGGACCAGUGCCACGGACACGGCGCUUUCAUUCCAGACACCGGCCUGUGCAGCUGCGACCCCAACUGGAUGGGACCAGACUGCUCUAUGGAGGUGUGCUCAGUCGACUGUGGAACCCACGGCGUGUGUAUGGGCGGAGCCUGUCGCUGCGAGGAAGGCUGGACAGGUGCCGCCUGCGACCAGCGCGUCUGCAACCCGCUCUGCAUCAAACACGGGACCUGCAAGGACGGCAAGUGCCAGUGCCACCAGGGCUGGAACGGAGAGCACUGCACCAUCGACCAUGGGAGCAUGGUUGACAAAGCAGACGGCUGCCCUAACCUGUGUAACGGGAACGGCCAGUGCACCAUGGGUCAGCAGAGCUGGCACUGUGAGUGUCAGACGGGCUGGAGGGGCCCCGGAUGCAGCGUUGCCAUGGAGACCUCCUGUGCAGACAACAAGGACAAUGAAGGAGAUGGUCUGACGGACUGCAUGGACCCAGACUGCUGCAUUCAAAGUCCCUGUCAGAACAGUCCUCUGUGCAAGGGCUCCCGGGACCCUCUGCUAGUGAUCCAGCAGAAUCCAAUGUCCCUUCCACGAGUUCGAUCCUUCUAUGAUCGGGUCAAGAUGCUGGUGGGAAGAGACAGCACCCACAUCAUCCCUGGGGAAAGUCCGUUCAACUCCAGCUUGGCGUCGCUAAUCCGGGGUCAGGUGUUGACGACAGAUGGAACCCCUCUGGUGGGGGUGAACGUGUCUUUCGUCAACUAUCCACACUACGGAUACACGCUGACUCGGCAGGAUGGAAUGUUUGACCUGAUAGCUAACGGUGGCGCUUCGCUGACCCUGCGGUUCGAGCGUGCACCCUUCCUGAGCCAGGAGCGCACCGUGUGGCUGCCUUGGAGCCAGUUUUAUGCUAUGGACACUCUGGUGCUUAAGACAGAAGAAAACACGAUCCCAGGCUGUGACCUGAGUGGCUUCGUCAGGCCUGACCCUCUUGUGAUUGCAUCCCCUCUCUCCUCCUUCUUCAGCUCCAAUCCAGGGGAGAAACCCAUCAUACCGGAGACACAGGUGCUGCAUGAGCAGAUCGAGGUGCCUGGCAUGACUCUAAAGCUGUGCUACCUAAGCUCACGGACCCAGGGUUACCGUUCCCUGCUCAAGGUGACCAUGACCCCUGCUGUGGUGCCCAUGGGCCUGUUGAAGGUUCACCUGAUGGUAGCUGUGGAGGGCCACCUCUUCCAGAAGUGGUUCCACUCCUCACCUAACUUGGCUUACACCUACAUCUGGGAUAAGACCGACGCGUACGGACAGAGAGUCUACGGUCUCUCGGAGGCUGUUGUGUCGGUGGGCUACGAGUACGAGUCGUGUGCGAGUCUGAUCCUGUGGGAGAAGAGGACAACAUUUCUGCAGGGCUACGAACUUGAUCCCACCAAUUUGGGCGGCUGGUCGCUCGACAAGCACCACAUACUCAACACGCGCAGCGGCAUCCUCCACAAAGGCAGCGGUGAGAACGUCUUUGUGACGGAGCAGCCUCCAGUGGUCACCAGCAUCAUGGGAAACGGCCGCAGGCGCAGCAUCUCGUGCCCGAGCUGCAACGGCCUCGCCGACGGAAACAAGCUGCUGGCACCAGUUGCCUUGGCGAUGGGAAACGAUGGCAGCCUGUACGUCGGGGACCUCAACUAUGUACGCCGGGUCUACCCUUCUAUGAACACAACUGGCAUCCUGGAGUUAAGGAACAAAGAUUUCAGGCACAGUAAUAAUCCAACCCACAAGUACUUUCUAGCCGUGGAUCCAGUAUCCGGAUCGUUGUUCCUCUCCGACACCAACUCCAGGCGGAUUUACAGGGUCCGCUCGUUGACGGGUGGGCGGCUGCUGUCGGACAACGCUGAGGUGGUGGCGGGGACAGGGGAGCAGUGCUUACCCUUUGACGAGCGCUGUGGCGACGGAGGGAAAGCCACAGAGGCUACGCUGAUGAGCCCCAAAGGUAUAGCGGUGGAUAAAAAUGGCCUGAUGUAUUUUGUGGAUGCCACCAUGAUCCGCAAGGUGGACCAGAAUGGCAUCAUCUCGACUUUGCUGGGCGCCAACGAUCUGACGGCCGUUCGACCGCUGAGCUGUGACACCAGCAUGGACGUCAGCCAGGUGCGUCUAGAGUGGCCCACGGACUUGGCGGUGAACCCCAUGGACAACUCUCUCUAUGUCCUGGAAAACAAUGUCAUAUUACGCAUCACCGAGAACCACCAGGUGAGCAUCAUAGCAGGCCGGCCCAUGCACUGUCAGGUUCCAGGCAUCGACUACAGCCUCAGUAAGUUGGCUAUCCACGCAGCCCUGGAGAGCGCCACCGCCAUCGCCCUGUCCCACUCCGGUACCCUCUUUAUCGCAGAGACUGAUGAGAAAAAGAUUAACCGAGUCAGGCAGGUGAACACUAAUGGAGAAAUCUCCCUCCUGGCUGGCGCUGCCUCCGACUGCGACUGCAAGAACGACGUCAACUGCAAUUGUUUCUACGGGGAUGACGGCUACGCCCCCGACGCCGGCUUGAACUCCCCGACUUCCUUGGCCGUGUCCCCUGAUGGAACGCUUUUCAUCGCUGACCUCAACAACAUCCGCAUCAGAGCUGUGCGCGCGAACCGGCCCGGCCCAGCUGUCUCCAGCGUGGGGUUUGCGGGCUCAGCGCAGCACGAGGUGGCGUCGCCGAGGGAACAGGAGCUGUACGUUUUCAACGGGGAGGGGCUUCACAUCCAGACGGUCAGCUUAGUGACGGGCGAGCCACUUUACAACUUCACCUAUGGUCCUGAUGGAGAGCUGGCCAUGCUGGUGGAUAACUGCAACAACACCGUCAAGGUGAGGCGGGACAGCUCAGGUCAGGGCGGAGGAGCCGGCCUGCUCCGGCUGGUGCUGCUGCCCGAGAAUCAAGUGGUGACGCUGGGUUUGGACCCAACCGGGGGUCUGCGGAGUGUCUCUGCCAUGGGCCAGGAGGUGGCUCUGAUGGGCUACAGUGGGAACACGGGCCUCCUGGCUACCAAAGCUGAUGAAACUGGAUGGACGACGUUCUACCAGUACGACAGUGAAGGUCGGCUGACCAACGUGACCUACCCAACGGGCAUGGUGACCAGUCUCCACCGGGAGAUCGAGCGUUCCAUCAACAUCGACAUUGAGAGUUCGAGCAGAGACGACGAUGUGACCGUCAUCACCAACCUGUCCUCGGUGGAAGCCUCGUACACCGUGGUGCAAGACCAGGUGAGGAACACCUAUCAGCUGUGCAACAACGGCACCCUGAGGGUGAUGUACGCCAACGGGAUGGGCAUCAGCUUCCACACCGAGCCCCACAUUCUGGCAGGUUCUGUCAGUCCCACGAUUGGUCGGAGAAACAUCACCCUGCCCACAGACAACGGCCUGAACUCCAUCGAGUGGCGUCUGCGCAAAGAGCAAACCAAGGGCAAGAUCACCGUGUUUGGGAGGAAGCUGAGGGCUCACGGUCGCAAUCUUCUCUCCAUUGAUUUCGAUCGCAACACCCGAACGGAGAAGAUUUACGACGACCACCGCAAGUUCACGCUGCGCAUCAUGUACGACGCUCAGGGCCGGCCGGCCAUGUGGCUGCCCAGCAGCAGCCUGGCUGUAGUCAACGUGUCCUAUUCAACCACCGGACAGCUGGUCGGCCUGCAGAGGGGAAGCAUGAGUGAGAAGACCGAGUUUGACUCUCAGGGUCGCAUCCUGUCUCGCUCGUUUGUGGACGGGAAGGUGUGGAGCUACAGCUACCUGGAUAAAUCCAUGGUGCUGCUCCUUCAGAGCCAAAGACAGUACGUCUUUGAGUUCGACGCCUCGAGUCGGGUCACAGCUGUCACCAUGCCCAGCGUCGCUCACCACACCAUGUUCACACACGUGUCCGUCGGUUACAUUCGCAACAUGUACAACCCUCCGGAGAGCAACGCCUCCAUCAUCCACGACUUCAGCGAGGAUGGCAGACCCCAGGCCACGCACUACCUGGGCACCGGCCGUCGCGUCCUCUACAAGUACGGCAAGCUGGCCAAGCUGUCAGAGAUCGUGUACGACAGUACCGUGGUCACUUUUGGAUACGACGAGACGGCUGGUGUGCUAAAGAUGGUCAACCUGCAGAGCGGGGGCUUCUCCUGCACAAUCCGCUAUCGCAAAAUGGGCCCACUCAUCGACAAGCAGAUCUACCGCUUCAGCGAGGAGGGGAUGGUGAACGCCAGGUUUGACUACACCUACCAUGACAAUAGUUUCCGGAUCGCCAGCAUGAAGCCCGUCAUCAGUGAGACGCCACUUCCUGUUGACCUCUACCGAUACGACGAGAUCUCCGGAAAGGUGGAGCACUUUGGAAAAUUCGGGGUCAUCUAUUACGACAUCAACCAAAUCAUCACCACAGCCGUAAUGACGCUGAGUAAGCAUUUCGACACCCAUGGGCGCAUCAAGGAGGUCCAGUAUGAGAUAUUCCGUUCACUAAUGUACUGGAUGACGGUGCAGUACGACAGCAUGGGGCGGGUGGUGAAGAGGGAGCUGAAGAUUGGGCCCUACGCCAACACCACUCAAUACCGCUACGAUUACGAUGGAGAUGGACAGCUCAGUGGUGUCAAGGUGAAUGACUGGUCUACGUGGCGCUACAGCUAUGACCUCAACGGUAACCUCCACUUGCUGAAUCCCGGAAACAGUGCUCGAAUUCUCCCCCUCCGCUACGACCUCAGAGACCGAAUUACCCGUCUGGGAGACGUCCAGUACCGCCUGGACGAGGACGGCUUCCUCAGCCAGCGGGGCACAGACGUUUUUGACUAUAACUCCAAAGGUCAGCUCCUGAGGGCCUACAACAGAGGCCCUGGAGGCUGGAGCGUGGUGUACCACUACGACGGGCUGGGCCGCAGGGUGUCCACCAGGAACAGCAUGGGUCAGCACCUUCAGUUCUUCUACGCCGACCUCAACCAUCCAACCAGGGUGACGCACAUCUUCAACCACUCCAGCUCCGACAUCUCAUCACUCUACUAUGAUCUACAGGGUCACUUGUUUGCGAUGGAGGUGAGCAGUGGAGAGGAAUACUACAUAGCUUCUGAUAACACAGGCACCCCGCUGGCAGUCUUCAGCAGCAACGGGCAGAUGAUCAAACAGGUGCAGUACACGGCCUACGGUGAAGUGUACCUCGACUCCAACCCAGAGUUUCAACUUGUUGUUGGUUUCCAUGGCGGUCUGUACGACCCUCUGACCAAGCUGGUCCACUUCACCCAGCGGGACUACGACGUCCUGGCUGGACGGUGGACGUCUCCCGACUACAGCAUGUGGCCCAAGAUAGGAAAGGAUCUCUCUCCGUUUAAUCUGUACAUGUUCAAGAACAACAACCCCCUCAGCGACAUGCUGGAUGUCAAAAACUACGUCACAGAUGUGAAGAGCUGGCUGGUGAUGUUUGGCUUCCAGCUCAGCAACAUAAUCCCAGGAUUCCCUCGACACUCGCUCUACUUUGUGGAGCCACCGUACGAGCUGCAGGCCACCCAGCACUGUGAGAACGGACAGCUCAUCACCGGUGUGCAGCAGGCGGCGGAGCGCCACAACCAGGCCUUCAUGGCCCUCGAGGGUCGUUUGCUCAACAAGGAGCGCCGCAGACGCAAGGACAAACCCGGCCAUUGGUUCGGCACCAGCACUCCUAUUAUCGGCCGGGGCGUAAUGUUGGCACUGAAGGAAGGCCGGGUGGUGGCCGGCGUGUCGCCUCUGGCCAGCGACGACAGCCGCAAAAUAGCUCUGGUGCUCAAUGGUGCCCAAUACCUGGAAGGCACUCAUUACACUCAGGACGGGAAGGACUGUCACUACUUUGUGAAAGUAGGCUCUGCUGACAGCGACCUGUUAGCCCUGGGGCUCACGAACGGGCGGAAGUCACUGGAGAGCGGCAUCAACGUGACAGUGAGCGGCCGCUCGAGGAGAGGGGUGACGGUGGAGUUUGCCGUUCCGUCGUUGGUGCUGAGCGUGCGGUACGGCCUCGCUGUGGAUGUAGUGGAUGAGGAGAAGGUAAGACUGUUGGAGCUGGCCAGGCAAAGGGCCCUGGCGGGGGCCUGGGCCAAGGAGCAGCAGCGUGCAAGGGACGGGAAGGGAGGUGGUCGCCUCUGGACUGAAGGGGAGAGGCAGCAGCUCCUAACGACGGGCAGAGUACAAGGCUACGACGGCUACUACAUACUGCCCGUGGAGCAGUACCCAGAACUGGCCGACAGCAGCAACAACAUCCAGUUUCUCAGACAGAACGAGAUGGGCAGGAGGUAACAGCCCACACGAACGUCUCUAGGUUCUGUCCCUUUUUCCUACCCAGCCUCCUUACUCCUCUAAAACCUACGGAGAAAUAACCAACAAACGGGGUUACUCGUGGAACGCUGCAGGGACUUUUCAAACAGAAUGACUUCUCUGAAAAACAUAUUCAUUUUACUGCCACAGGCAAAAAAUAAAUAAAGUUUAGUCAAACUUUUUUUUUUUUGGAAAAAACUUUGAACGACUGAUAAAAAAAAGCACUUAAGAACUUUAAGAACUGUUGCUUAAUAAAUAAGAAGAUUCCCCUUUUUAAAAAAGAUAGUGAUAUUUUCGCCCAUAUUUUUUGGGUCACACCGAGAGCUGAACGUGCGGUGGAGGAGAGCUCCGGGAUGGAGGCUCAGCCGUCUCUGGAUUAAAACAAAAACACUGAAGGCAAAAAGGGACCAAAGUGGAGGCGGAGCCAGUCCGGAGAGCAGCCGCUACCGCCACACACCCGAGGCAGAAAUCCUAAACGACAGCAUACAGCGUCUCCCCGUCUCAGGCCUCCCAUCAUCCACCACAGAAACACACACACACGGGAUGAAGGCGUCCUUUCUAACGAACUCGAGGAAAAGUAAAAAAUGAGUGAUGUCUGCAACGGGGGAGAAGAAUCAUAUCGCUACGUACGUGUCAGAAUACACUAAACCUUCAGGAUGUUGCGUAUACCGUAGAUGCCGUAGUUUUGUACGUUUCAGUCGCGGUAGAAUUGUGAGAUUUUCACCAAGGCACUUCUGUACAGAACGAUCAAACACACACACACACACACACACACACCGCUCACAGAGUCUGGCAAAACAUGCUAAGUUAGUAUUUAUUUGAUUUGAUUCUUUUUUAUUUAUUUAUUCUUAGUACUAUAUGACAAUCAUGAAUGAGUCGCCGGUUCUAUUCCAAAUGAACAUUAAUGGAUUUUUUUUCUUUUGUAAAAUAUGUAAUAAUUGCUCAUUUUGGGUUUUUUGUAUGAUUUCAAGUUUGCUGACGGGAAAUAAUAGUCACCCACAAAAAAUACAAUAAAAAAGAGUAAUUUAUGUAAUAAUGAGGUGUUUUAAAAGCAGUUUAUACUUUAAAUAAAGUCUUUAAAACUGUGAAAUCUGUUUUUUCGAAGUAUAUUUCGAUGUACAGUGUAUAGAUUUACCUUUAUGCAGCACAGUAGAAUAUUGUUCAGAAUAUCGAGUUUUAUAUUUCUAAGAGGAAGUGGCUUGUUAAUGUGCGAAACCUUUAGCUGCUCUUAUUACUCUAGAGUUUUGUGGCACUCGGAUACUCCAUUAUCUACAAUAUCAGUCCAAAGUUUGUUGGUUUUCAUGUUUACUUCUGUUGUUUUUAUUGUUAUUUUCUCUUUUGUUCGUUUGGAAGCAGAUUGUUUCUGUCCUAAGUCCCAACAGCAGUAGCAGUAAUGGAUCCCUCUCACUGUGAGGAGACUCGUUCUGGAUGUCAUGAUGUACCAAAUCAGUAUUAUCAGAGGAUGACUCACUGAAACCAGACUCUUCUGACAACCUUAUCAAUAAAACCUAAUUGUUUACUUCAACUGAGCAAACUGCUUUCAUCUCUUUUAUGUGUUUAAAACUGUUUUUUUUUGGGGGGGGGGGGGGGGGGGCAUAAGGACGUCAUCGUCUAGGACUUUCCCUGUGACGUGAUUUUCUUUGAAGUGCUGCGGAUAUUUUAGAAAACUUGAUGAAAAUAAAAAUAUAGUCAAGAUUUUACCGUGUAUCAUCCUCACUGGUGAGAUAUGUUCUGUUUGUUAUUUCUGUAAAGGAGAAACAACUUUUGUUGUUAUAUUCGAUUGUGCUGCUGUAAUAUUUCUGAUACUAAUGUGUUUAAAUGCAUCACAUCCUGUUAAGAACCAGUAACAGGUACGCUGGUUCAUUCUCACAAGUGUGUAGCCAGCCAAUCACAUGACAGAAACCAUUUAGGAGUCUGGAUGUGGGGAAGAUGACCUGCUGAAAUGGGAGAAGAAGAGAGAUUCAGGUGAACGUGUUGUGGUGGUUUGGUUUCCACCUACAACCAUGUCAGAAAAUCUCCAGUGGAGAGCUCCUGUGUGGGUGGAAAUGUCUGGGUCUGGCGGCGGAACCAACCCAAGGCAUACCCGAGUUAAGCGAUUGCUUGGGGCCCCACACCACCAGAGGGCUCCUAAGAGCACCAGGAUAGUGUAAAAAAAUUUUUUAAUAACUUUAAAUUAUACAAACCCAGUUACAUCACACAUGGAAAAUGAAUGAUGUAUUUUUUUCUUUAGUGUAAUUUGGUUUCACUUUUUAGUGAUUUCGCAUUUCAUAUAUCUUUCCCAAAAUUUAAAUUGUUUAACCAAAGUUUUGUGUUUUUCUUUCUUCGCACAUUACUUUGAAAUAAUUGAAUUAACUCGUUAACUGCCAGCCGUUCUCUGAUCAGAAAGGCCCUGACUGCCAGCGCUUUUGAGCGUUUUAACUGUUUUUUUAACAGUCAUUGUGCUCUAUGAUCAUGUAAACACCAAAACUACCAAAAGAAAGAGUAGACUCACUUCUUACAUCAGCAAGAAUCAGUGUGUUUCUAGCUUUUUCUGUUCUUACACAAUCCAUUGUCAAAGUGUGAGCGGCAGAAGCUUCUCCGGUUAGCACCUCGCUUUUUCACAGCAGCAUCCCAAAAUGAUCUCCUAAUUCAUGAUCACAUGACGUGUGACACACGGGUGAAGACCAGCGUUAGUGCCGUGAAGUUUAUUCUCACGGUUCGGGGGCUUGUUCACAGGCCCGCCCCGUUAAAAAAGGAGUUAAUAUGCCACACAUAAAUAACACGCUGCGUUUUAAAAUGCUAAUUGAUUAGAUCCUUUGUGUUGUUUGAUACUAAUGUAAGGUUAACAUAAAAAAACCUGUAUGAUGUAAGCUAAUAACAUAAUCAAGCCUAGGAAUUAUGGGGGGCCAAACCUGCUUAGGGCCCCACAAAUGCUCGGGCCGGCCCCGAUGGGGGUGUUCAAACUUUACGAAUAAAUAGACCUCAGUGGCCACAAAAUGUAUUAUUUUGUUAUUUUAAAAAUGCAAAACUUGUUUAACCAUGAAUUAUUCUGUUUAUAUUGCUGAAAAUGGGUCCAAAGCGCACAAAUCUGAACAUAAAAGUGUUCUACACAGACUAGGGGUUGCACUUCAGACACGACUGUUCUAGAUGAUACAAUGGUAACAGCAGCUCAAAUAGCUACUGGUUCCUACCAAGGUUUGCAGAACCACAACAUGGACACCAGGUGUCCCUCCUGUCAGCUAAGAACAGGAAACUGAGGCCAACUCACACAGGAUCACCAGAACUGGACCAGAAGAGACUGGAAAACCUUUUCAGGUCUGAUGUGUCAACAUGAAAGCUGGGGGUCCAGUCCAGUAGAACUAUCAUCUAAUCUUCCUCUAUAUCAGUGAUGUUAUAUUCUGGUCGUCAGGGUUCGCUAUCCUGCAUGUUUUAGUUGUUUUCCUGCUCCAACACAUUUGGUUAAAUGGUUAACUUACCUGCUCAGCAGGUGCUCGAGUUUGGCCGCAGGCUUUUAAUCACCACUGGUCCAAAUCAGGUGUGUUGAAGUAGAAAAACAUCUGCAGGACAAUGGCCCCAAAGGACCUGGAUUAUGGAUCACUCCAACACAAACAAUACAGGUGUGGAUUUUCCUGCAACAGGGUGAAAAUUUUUGAUUACGGACCAAAUUUGAGCAGAAAAUAAUCCAACACCUAAAAUAAUCCUGCUCAUGUCUGCAAGUUGGUCCUCAGAAAACCUGGAGAGGUUUAUAGCCAGGUCACGUGGCCCAAACUGCAAAUUUAUUUUAAUGGGUUUAUUUUCGUGUGUGUGUCCUGGUCUAUACAUCAAAGUGAGGACCAAAACAAGUUUUUUACCUGCAAACUGAGCACACUGGUAGCAAAGUGAGGACAUUUUUCAAAGUGAGGACAUUUAUUUGGUCCUCCAUUUUUUAGAAGCAUACCAGAAGCUUACUAUACCAGUUAGAGGUGUGGUGUGAAUUAAGUUGUAGUUAAGGUUAGGGUUAGAUCGGCAUGGUGAAAUCUCAAAAAUGAAUGGAAGUCAAUGGAGGGUCCUCACUAUGAUAGACAGGCGUGUAUGUGAGUGUGUGUGAGUGUGUGUGUUUCACCAUACUUCAUGUCUGGAUAACAGAAAGUUUUACCAUGUUAGGUACAGCUCAAAAACUUAAAUCAUGAAAAAGUUCAUUAUUUUUGUCACUCAUAUGAGAAAAUGUCAAAUUAUAGAUUUUAAUCAGCAAUAAAUCGGAUAUUUGAUUGUCAGUUUCUGACAAAAGUAUUAAACUUUCACAAUCUCAAUUCAGUUGAAUUCAUUUCAUUUAUAUAAAUCACAUUUUUUUCUGUAGUCUAGCAAAACAUCCUGUAGACAGAUAAGAGUACUAGGCUUUAUUUUUUGUAGAUAAAUAUGAAAACUAUGCCAGGGAACAAUAUAAAAUGUGUCUGAAGCUUACAUAUACUGCUAAGGCAGCUGAUGUGUUGCAACUAAUGAUGACCAACACAGUACCCAUCUAGUUUCCCUUUGAUAUUGAAAAAACACACACACACCCUCACACACACACACGCUGCAAUCUAACCAAUUAAAAAUAACACCAUCUUCAAUUUUAGCAAUAAAUUACUUUAAUGCAAGACUCUCAUCCAAAGCAAAAAGGCGUCCAACAAAAGGGGUUUCUGCUGUUGAGCUUCACAACGGUUUCAUAUCGUCAGGUUUAUUUCCAUAGAUUCAGAAUAAAAACAAUAGAAUCAUUCCACCGGAAGUUUAUGCAAAAACAGAACGUUUCAGCCAUUAACAGUAAUCAGACGUAAAUCACUGGCGUUAAAAACAUUGCAUUCAUUUUCAUGAUUCCAUUCAAAGACAUAAACCUGCUAAACAAAUAGUGAGAAAUCAAAGUGAUACAUUCCAGGCAUCAGCUGUUUAAGGAUGGCCCCGUGGCUCAGUAAGAGCAGGGGUUAUGGUGAAUUGUGGGAAUGGCGGUGGGCCUUAGGUAUAAUGGGUGUGGUAGCAGGGGUGGGGAGGGGGAGGAACAGGCAGGCAGGGGUGAGACCACAAAGAGGUAAUCAUUGUAAAGUGCCAAAGAGCAUCACACCAGAUGAGCCUGAGAUCCUCUCUAGGAGUUUUCCCACCAAACUGGUUCCAGUGCUAAACGUGGAGCCAGAACUCGCUUAGCUCCAGUUCGGCUUCCAUCGUUCUGCCUCCAGAUGGAAAACUAAAACCUUUCAGCCCAACUCUGUGUUUGGGACGGAGAAUCAGGAACCAGAGGUGGGCUCAAAGAGACCAGCAACCAGUUAAACAAGUGUGGCUUUCUGUUUUCCACCAUAACCUGCCUUUAAAUAAAUGCCUCAUAAAUAGUUUAUAAACGCCGUUAGCUCUUUUAACGAAGGCCAUUAUGAAUUAUAAACACCAGCCUGAAACGCUGGAUGUAAGUCCUGUUUGCAGUAGAGCUCACAAACACCAGAAAGAGCAUUUGUGUGACCUGUUGUUUGAAACGGGGUUUAUAAAACAGAGCAGGGACUUUAGGAAACAAAUGCAGUGAUGUGUGUGAAUAAACGCUCCCCCUGCUCUGUAAUCCUCCACUGACACUCAUAAUUCACCAGAUGGAGACGCAAACGUUUACAGGAAGAAGUGGUUGUUUUUCUUCUAAAAUAUAAGAUGAAAGCCAGCUCUACCAUUAGCCUUGAGCUAGCACUGGAGCACCUUUGGUGGAAACACUCCCUUUUACUACCGUUUCAUUGGUAGCUUAAUUUGUGUGUGUGCUGAUUGUGCGUAGGAACAUAAUUUGGGCGAGGAGCCUGAGAAUCACGUUGCGUUUAGAUGCUCAUUUACAAGCUGCUACGGGGCAACCUACGGAGGGCUCGGCCCCCGCUGGGGGCUUCACGCCGAGCGGAGGGUCUUUCACGAGGGACUGAGGCAUUUAUUUAUAGACAAGGACACAACUUGUAGAGGAAACAAAAGGAGAGCUGUAAGGUGGAGAGGACUUAAGGCAGAUAGGGAAAAGGGUCGAUGGGGCACGCUGCAGAGAUGGGGGGAGGGGUCGAACAGUUAUGUCAGCAUGUCCCAGAGACAGCAGCAACACAGGGCUGUCCAGCAGGCUGUCAGGCAUGUGUCUCCUGUGUCGUCCCGUCUCCUGUCUUCCACCACGUACACUGUGAAGAAGAACAGAUUGAAAGGGUUAGAAAAGAUGAGAGAUUGGGCAAAAGAAUAGAGAAAGCAAUUAGUGAUCUCUGCAAUAAAAAGGCACAGUCGCAAAGAUAAUUCUCAAAAUGAUGCCCGUCACGGCUCCGGCAGUGAGUUCAAGGGUAACCACGGCUGAUAUGAUUUCCUCUAAUUACAUUCCUCAUAGGAGGCGUGUCUCCAUGGUAACGCCAUAGCAGCCAAGAGUUGUGAUGGGAUGGCAGGCUGGUGCCCAUGGUGCUGCUGUGUCACUACAACACACAAGGCUGUUCCCUUUAUACAGCAGUUGAAUUCAGUCGUGUGUUUUUGUAUUCAUUAGAAACAUUAAAAGUAUUGUGUUGCUCACGUGGGAGCUUUAACAGAUGUUCACACCAAAACAACAACAACAAGUCAAACAAAAGGCCUGCAUGAUGCAUGCGUUUGCGUGAUUAAUCAUUUAUGUGGAACCAAAGCUGUUAACGGCCAGCGCUACCCGAUAAGCAGCUCUAGUGACCCGCUGCCGGCUCCACAGUAAAGCCAGGGUUCUGAUAACGACGCCACACAAACCCGAUCGGUGUUUAACCAACGUUCAAUGAUGCUCCUCUUGAUUUAAACAGCUCACAGCUAAAGGUUUAACCCACCAGCAGCAGCAUAGCUAAAGUUAGUCAAGGACCUCACUCACCACGGUCUCAAACACAAACUGACGUUUAAAUUCACUUUUUCAUCAUAAAGAUUUUUUUCUUUUUUCAACUUUGUGAAAAUGUUUACUGGAUGCUAAUUUGGGAGACGCAGCUAAAUUGACGCCAUCUUUUUUUGUGAAACUUAAUUUCCAAUAACAAAAUUACUAGAUGUCAACAAAAAUACUUAUUCAACAGAAACUUGAUGAAAUCAUAAUUCAAAGGCCCAUCAUUCUUUGAAGCACUACCAUUCAAACCAGACUUUUACAACUAAAAUCAUUUCAUGCUGACAAAUUAGGAAAUUAUAGACACUUUGAUCAAAUUUUGAAAAUAGCCUCAUGAGUGAUGCAAUAUUGCUAAACGUUGCAUAAUCUCCCAACACCUGGAGUAUGCAAUGUAACUUUCACUUAAAUUCGGGCCCUUCCGCUUGGUCUCCCAGCCUCCUAAUCCUCCAGAACGUGGACGAUUCUCAUCAUCAACCGGGCUAAACCACAUCCUAUAAACAUUUUCAUAGAUCAAAUAAACUAAAUCAAACUAAUCCGUUGUACUGUCCAACUUUUCUUGCUGUGAGGGUUUAAAUUCCA